GCAACGACUUGGAAGAGCUGCCUUUCGUCGAUUCACCCGCGGCGAUCACAUUGUCCACGGAGCAGAAGCUGGACGCGAUCUUGAUGUUCUGCAAAGAGCAAGCCGAUCAUUUUGCCAGCGUUCGCAUGGAGCUGCAGAGUAUGGACGACAAGUUGAAAUUGUUGUUGAACGACCGGUCGCCGACGAAUGCCAUUAAGCGCAAGGCAUCCAUCAGUUCGCUUUCAAGAGCAUUGUCGAAAAAACAGUCCACCUGCAAGCUGGACGCCGGACUUGAUGUUCCUGAGCGCUCCGGUGGUGUUGGCUCUGGUGGUCUGGGCGACAAGCCGAACUUCCACGACCUUGAUCAAACCUUGGGCCUCAAAGUCAUGAAGGCUGCACGGAAGUUUCGUGCACGAGGAGGGGAAGGCUCGAAACCAACAUCGCCGAAAUCGGCUAAGCCCAUGCCACCGACGACUGCAGGUGGCUUCCCUUCGAAGACGGCAUCGGUCGAGGAAGCUGAUCACCCGGACAAAAAGCACAGUUUGUCGCUGCUAGCGUUGGUUCCACUGCCGGGGGAUGUUCAGCCACAGGCACCCAGUAACUGCCCGAUGCUACCCAGCGAGCCCUCCGGUGAGUCUUUCACACGAGAACGAGAACCGCGUGCAAAGUCUUCUGGCAUGCCCGGCCGCAGCCCAAACGCGGGCGCCGCGAGUCUCCUUGGCUCCACGGGAUUGACCCAGAGCGAGGUGUCCCUCAGCCAGCUGUUCAAGCACCGGGAGAGCCAGAUCAUCCCAGCGAGUCCCGAAGUGCGCUCUAAACAGAGCCCCAAGCUGCCGAACCUGGCUGCAUUGGAUCUCGACUCACAGCAAUCGGAUGAGACGAUCAGAAUGGAGGUGCUGCCGGUGCAAACUCCCAAAGCUCUCCGCGUCUGUCAGGGCCUUGUAGAGCUUUGGAUGAGGCUCUGUGGGCUGACUCCCUUGGUGCAGUGGAAACCAGAGUCCGCUGAGUUUACGGAGUCCCCAGCUCCGUCUCCGCGAGCUCUGGCCGCUUCUAAGGCGUACCACUGUGUCAUUCUUCUGCUGAAUUUCCUUUUCGUUGUGCUGGCGGCCUCCUCUGUGGCGGUGUGUUCAGAUCUGGAUGCUUCAGAAGAGGCUUACACCCAGGCCUCGGUCAUGUGUCGCCAACCCCUCGCGACCGAUCUGGCCUUCGGUAUUGGGGCGCUGCUUGCAGUCUGGUCUUGCGGUGGGUUGGGCAGCUACUUCAAAAGCUCGCGGAUGCAGCUGCAGAUCCAGGACCAUCUCAUGCAGGAAGUCGACAGUACUGGCCUGACAUACCAAUGGAAAAGCCAGAAAGGCGUUGAUGCAGUGGCACUGGGAGGCACGUGGCUCGUUGUGCUGGCUGCUCGUUCAUGGAUCAUUGGACCGGAGCUGAUGGAACCAGUGGCAGCCGGGAAGCAAGCGCUCUACGCGCUGGCCUGUGCCUGCCUCCUGGGAGCCUGUUAUGUGCAGAUGUCCAUGUGGCGUGGAAUCUCCUUGACGGUGGUGGCCUUUGCUCGGUCCGUCCUGGAAGGUCAAGUCAGCAACCUCCAGGCACGGCAGCGAUGGCGGGAG